UUGACCAGGAAAGAUAUUGCAUUUUCUGAAAAUUUACAGUUAACUAUAUCUGACGAUGGACAGCCCGUUCUAUCCCAGACUGAAAAGCUUCAUUUUCACUCUGAUUUGGUACCUGCAUCAAAUUCGCCCAGCGACAAAUUCAGCCUUGGGGCCACAACCUCUUCCGGCCUUCGCAUAAAGCUGUCCGGCUGGUCCGACACUAAUAUAACACCUGAGGCCCAAAAGAGAACGUCACGUCUGAUAAUGUUCACCGGACAGCAUCUUUUCUCCAUUCAGCCGGCCCGAGAUUGUUAUGAACAGAACAUAGAAUUAGUGGGCAUUUCUGGUGAUCAUAUAAAACAGAAUUUCAACUAUGAUUCAGCUGAGAAUGUCUGCGCCUCGAAUGAUAAAAAUGGGCACCAUUUUUCAAAGCAUAAUGGCAGCGAAUCCGCUGUGACAAGUAGAAGAUUGUCUUUUUCAGAAAGUGAAUGUAUGUUUUGUCAACAAGUGUAUGCAUCCUCGCAACAAGCUGUUGUUUCGGGAUUGCCCAACGCGAAUCGAUCGGCUGAGACCUGGAGAACCCUAAUCGGGGAAAAGAAGGAUCAAAAUCCAGGAGAGACUGACAUUCCUGUCCGAGCCAGAGUUGUCAGAGAGAUUCUUCCAGGACAACGCCUACUGCUCUGGUUUUCGCAGCGGCUUUCU